AUGUCCGUUGUUGAAAAGUUGCCUGGUUGCUCGAGUCCAAAUGCAGCUGUAUUUGGUUUGAGCAUCCUGGGUUUGCGGUGGUUGUGUCAUCUACUCCACUUCUUCAUGAUUGUCCUUCAUUCCGUGUUAAUUGGGAUAUACAUUCCCUAUCGAGCUCGACGCUUAAUCGUACCUGUUACCCAGGACCGCUGGUGGCUCCCGACGGCCUUGAGUGUCUCUCUUCAAGCCUUCUAUACUGCACGUAUUCUAUCUAUAUAUGGGACGGUUUUGGUGGCGCUUAUCCAGCAUCUUGGUCUCAUUUAUAUAUUGGAACAAAAGCAGAAACUUACAGCUCUCGCAGACGCUUCGAGUGCAUGGUCCGGACUAGGGAGUGCCAUCGCUGGCCUUUGGAACAACGCUCGUCUGCCUGCUCAUAUGGCAUCAUCUGCGCUCAUCACUAUCUAUCUGACGUGUACACUUGCGCUUCACGUUGUUGGUAGCAGUGUUAUGUCACUUGAAGCCUUCAACGAUACAAUAGCUGUCCAUGUACCAACCAAGACGUCUUGGAGUGGCUCCAGUGCUGCCUCGCUGGAAGAAACUUUCGAUGGUAGUGGACUAGACUGGCAGACGAUCGACGAAAUCGUACCUGGAAUGGCACAUAUGGAUUCGCUUACUGUCCAGGGACUCAGCGGCCCGUCAGUAUAUGACACUGUUAUCCAGCCCAGCAUGGCGAUGGGCAUUGCUCAAGUGAACGCUAGUACGAUCAGUUUUGAGUGCGGUCUCAUACCCAGUAGAAACCUGUCCGUAACCUCGAACACAGGGGUAGAUCAAGUCCUACUAAGCGAACUCAGCGCGAUGGUCGCAGGGUCAGGGGAACUGGCUAUUGACGUCUUAUACAUGCUGACUACAGGUCUCGCGCCUUUUGAAUCCGCCUCAGCUGUUGAUGACUAUGCUGUGGCAUUAAACUGGUCCUACUGUUCGGGAGGCGGUUGUCCCAAUGGGAUAAUGAAUAAAGAAGUCCGGACUUUCUUUGCCGGAUGCUCUAUGUCCGCUACAUCAGAGAUCGUGAGCUUGGAUGUGCAAACCAACGUGCUCCAGAUCACAUCAUCAAAAGCGAGGGAUCAGCAAGGGGCAUGGAAAGAGCUUCCAGAAGGCGGCGCUCUACGCAAGGCACCACAGUCAAACACCACAAUCCACGGCAUGAGUAGUGACUACACGAUACCGUUGAUGGACUACUACCUCAUGCAGCAGCUAGGCAUAGAUAUUGCGGGGGCUCCUUACCAAAUAUCCAAAGUGUACAACCAAGGGCCACCCGAGCCAACAUAUGUUCUCAACGUGACAGACCUAGAAGACGCGCUAGCAGAAAUGGUAGCUGCAAUGCUAUGGACCGGAAGUCAGCUUUCAGGUGGGGGAUACGAAUUGCCUACGGGCUCAACUAUAGCCUUGCAGUCAGUCCUCGCCUGGAACCUUAAACUUCUUAUUGCCUUUUUCUCUUCGCUGAUAAUGCUUUGCCUCGCCAUCCGGCUCGGUGGCAUUCGAAAUCGCGGCAAGAGCCCGUCGAUACUGAGCGUUGGCGUUCUCGAGAUGAUCUGGCUCGCCGACCACGAUCCGCUUAUGCGAUCCAAAGUUGGCGAAGUGGAAAACCCGACCGUCGAUAACUUGAGAGCGGCCGGGAUGUUCGAGGUUUGCUUCACGGAUGUAUGA